UAAUCUGUCAUGUCAACAAUUAUAUGAGGCAGAGUUUAUUUUUUUAAAAAAACGAUGUCAAAAUAUGAUAUAAAUUGUGAAAUGAUAUUAAAAUUAUUAGCAGGCACCGUGACAGCCGCAUGGGAAGCAGGAAACAUAAUAAAAAAUGUUUUGAAACAAGGGAGUUUAAAUAUUGUUGAAAAAGGUUUAAAUGAUUAUCAAACAGAAGCAGAUAGGUUAUCCCAAAGGUGGAUAUUUAAUUAUUUAAAAUAUCAUUUUCCUAAAUUACGCAUAAUUGGAGAAGAAGAUAUAGCAGAAACACCUAUAGAAAAUCAGGAAAAAUUAAAUUCUAUAGAAAUUCCAGAGGCUAAAAAAAUUUUAUCAUUGAGCUGUCCUAAGGAAUAUAUGGGAAUUGAGGAAAAUAAAGUUGUUAUAUGGGUGGAUCCAUUAGAUGGAACAUCAGAGUUUACUGAAGGACAUUUAGAUCAUGUAACUGUGUUAAUUGGAAUUUCUUAUAAGGGCCAAGCAAUAGCAGGUGCCAUUUGUCAGCCUUUUUAUCAAACUAUGAACUCAAAUAAUAGUAAAUUAAAAAAUACUCCUAAUGUUCAACAAGAUGGUAGAAUUAUAUGGGGACUUCAAGGUUUGGGUGCUUAUGGCAUCAUAGUCCAGGAUCCACCUAAAGAAAAACUUAUAAUAUGCACAACACAAUCUCAUAAAAGUGCCAUAGUGUUGGAUGCUAUCAACUCUUUGAAACCUGAUAAAGUGAUUCAUAUUGGUGGUUGUGGCAUGAAGGUGUUGUUAGUGAUAGAGGGCCUGGCUCACGCCUAUUUGUACGCUAGCAAAGGAAGCAAAAAAUGGGAUACAUGCGCCCCCGAAGCUAUAUUGCGGGCUUUGGGUGGGAAACUAACGGACAUUUGCGGAGAAAGUAUAGAUUAUUCUCUCAAUUCGCCGCCAUCCGAAACGCCUUCCAAGACAACCAUUCAAGAUUCCCAUUGGGUCAAUAAUUAUAUCGGAAUUUUGGCUACUCAUAAAGGGUUGGAUCACGCUGGCCUGAUAAAGAAAAUUCCCCAAAAUAUCAAGGAUACGUUAAGGAUGGAAGGAGCGAAAUUGUCAGGAUUAAUCUAAUACAAUUUUACAAAAAGAAAAAAAUCGCCUUUUUAAAAAAAAAAUAUUUUUCUUACGUUUUAAUUUAUAGAAAAUUUUUAUAUUGUAUACUCAUAAAUGUACUGUAGUU